AUGUCGAACGAAUCCGUAGACAGGCUCCUCAGAAAAGGCCGUAUCGGUUUUUGGUUGCUAGUGGUCGCUGCGGUACUGCAAACAUCCGUUUUCAUCUCGAAAUGGAUCGAAGGCAAGCAUACAAUGUUUGACGCCGCUGCAGUCGUCAACUCGUGUCUCUUGUGUUGGUGGGCUUGGGGAGUAGCGAGGAAGAAUGAGAAGAUAGCAAGAGAGAUUAUGGAGAAUGGCGGAGACGCCGAUAUCGAGAAGGGCAAUAUGUGCAAGAGGGACGAGAAGGAGAAGGCGGGCUGGGGAGUUAUAACAGAGGAAGGGAAACAGAGCUCGGAGGUAACGACAGCAGAGAUCGAGGAAGAGGCGUUGAAAGAAGAGGCGAAGACGAAGGAGAAGGUGGAAUUGGAGAUCUAG